GGCCAAAGGCGCCUUCCGCCCCGAGCGCUUCCGGGUGGGGCCGCCGGGAGGCGGUGGAGGCUGCGGGUGGGCCCUGCUAUGGGGAAGAAGCACAAGAAACACAAGGCGGAGAAGGCGGAAUGGCGCUCGGCCUCCGCCACCACUUACGGCGAUUAUGUAGACAAGCCCUUGGAAAAACCUUUAAAGCUGGUGCUUAAAGUUGGAGGAAGUGAAGUGACUGAGCUUUCUGGAUCGGGGCAUGAUUCUAGUUACUAUGAUGAUAGAUCAGAUCAUGAGCGAGAACGACAUAAAGAAAAGAAGAAAAAAAAGAAAAAAAAGUCAGAGAAGGAAAAAGAAAAGCAUCUUGAUGAUGAGGAAAGAAGAAAGAGAAAGGAAGAGAAAAAGAGGAAAAGGGAAAAAGAGCAGUGUGACACUGAAGGAGAAACUGAUGACUUUGAUCCUGGAAAAAAGGUAGAGGUUGAGCCUCCUCCAGACCGUCCUGUCCGAGCAUGCAGAACUCAGCCAGCUGAAAAUGAGAGCACACCCAUCCAGCAAUUACUAGAACACUUCCUUCGCCAGCUUCAAAGGAAAGAUCCUCAUGGAUUUUUUGCUUUUCCAGUCACGGAUGCCAUUGCUCCUGGAUAUUCCAUGAUCAUAAAGCACCCCAUGGAUUUUGGUACAAUGAAGGAAAAAAUUACAGCAAAUGAAUACAAAUCAGUCACUGAAUUCAAGGCAGAUUUUAAACUGAUGUGUGAUAAUGCAAUGACGUACAACAGACCAGAUACUGUUUACUACAAGUUAGCCAAGAAGAUACUGCACACAGGCUUUAAGAUGAUGAGCAAAGAACGGCUGUUAGCUUUGAAGCGCAGCAUGUCGUUUAUGCAGGACAUGGAUUUUUCUCAGCAGGCAGCUCUUUUGGGUGAUGAAGAUACAGCAGUUGAGGAACCUGUCCCUGAAGUUGUUCCUGUACAAGCAGAGACUACCAAGAAAUCCAAAAAGCAAAAUAAAGAAGUUAUUAGUUGCAUAUUUGAACCUGAGGGAAAUGCAUGUAGCCUGACAGAUAGCACUGCUGAAGAACAUGUCCUGGCACUAGUGGAACAUGCAGCAGAUGAAGCUCGGGAUAGGAUCAAUCGAUACCUGCCCAAUAGCAAGAUUGGUUAUCUGAAAAAGAAUGGAGAUGGAACUCUAUUAUUCAGUGUAGUCAACCCAUCUGAUCCAGAAGCAGAAGAGGAAGAGACUCACCCAGUGGAUCUCAGUUCACUGUCAAGCAAAUUAUUACCUGGCUUCACUACGCUGGGCUUUAAAGAUGAACGAAGAAACAAAGUAACCUUUCUUACAAGUGCAAGCACAGCACUUUCCAUGCAAAACAACUCUAUAUUUCAUGAUCUGAAAUCAGACGAAAUGGAACUGCUAUACUCAGCAUAUGGUGAUGAAACUGGGAUACAAUGUGCCUUAAGCUUACAAGAAUUUGUGAAGGACGCUGGAAAUUACAGCAAGAAAAUAGUAGAUGAUCUUCUGGACCAGAUCACUAGUGGAGACCAUUCCAAAACUAUUUAUCAGCUAAAGCAGAGGCGAAACAUUCCAGUAAAACCAUUGGAUGAAGUUAAAGUUCUGCCAGUUCUCAUAAAAGAAGAACACAAGUUGCGGAAUACCUGUCCGGAUUCUUCCAAACAGAUGAUGGUUGGCGAAUCUGCUGGAGACAAUAAUGCUUCUGACUUGGACUUUCUCUCUAUGAAAACAUAUUCAGAUGUUUCUCUUGAUAUAUCCAUGUUAAGUUCAUUAGGAAAGGUGAAGAAGGAGCUUGAUCAUGAUGAUAACCAUUUACAUUUGGAUGAAACAACUAAGCUGUUGCAAGACCUCCACGAGGCUCAAGCUGAAAGAGUGGGAUCCCGGCCAUCAUCCAAUCUGAGUUCCCUGUCCAAUACCUCUGAAAGAGACCAGCAUCAUCUUGGAAGUCCCUCUCAUCUGAGUGUUGGAGAGCAACAAGACAUGGUUCAUGAUCCCUAUGAGUUUCUUCAGUCUCCAGAAACCUCAAAUGCUACUACUAACUAAUCUGACAUGUACUGUAGAUAUUUUGUAUUUUAACUGUAUAACAUUUUUAUAAAGUUUUUGUCCAUGGCAAAAACCUCAAUUUUGUCCUCUUUUGUAUGAGGAUUGCUGUUUAAUAUCAUACACAUUGGAUUAAACAAAAAAAAAGGCCUACCUAAUAUAUCAUGUUGUUAGCAAUGUACCAAAAACUGCUUUUGUUUUUUUUUUCUAGUUGUGUGUGAAUUUUGACUGAAAAACAGCAGAUCAUGUGAUAGAAAACUUGUGUUCUGUUUAAAAAAAAAAAAAAAAAGAUCAUUUUUCCAGUAUUGCGGCAGCAGUCAUGAAAUGUUUCAUGGCUAGUAGAACACAUACUGAUUUUGUUUGGGUGUUAACUUGAACAUUCUCAAGGAGGAAUAUUUUAUUUCAGUGGUGACAGAACUUCAUGAACUGUGUUUAUCAUUGUUUCCCAUCUCUUAACCCUAAUAAUCUGUAGAAGUGUCUUAGGUUUCCCUAUACUUUAAAAUCUUCUUUUUUUUAAUCACUGUAGAGCCCACUUAAUUUCAGAAUAACAAUACUUCAUAGUUGCAUUAAAAUGCUCACUGAGAAUUUUACCCUGGAUCAAAAAAAGAUGAAUGUUUUAUGAUCCCUUUUCUUUAUUGAAACACAAAGAAAAUAUACUCAUUUUUAAUUUCAUAUGUAUGUUUACUUGGAUAAGAAAAUACUGGAUAAAGUGUGCUUUUUCAGUAAUUUUAAAAUGAAAAUUUUAUAAUUCAGUACUGACGUAACUGGGGGGGGGUUUUACCAUUAAUAUGUGCAAGCUGAACAAGUGUUAUGAAUUUACAAUAUUUUGUAAAUAUUACCUUAAUAAAAACCAUACAAAACCA